AUGCAGAGUCAGAUCGAUCAGUCCAAAGGUGACCCCGGGAAGGAGACUUCAUCCUCCAAGCGAAGACCCAGCCGAAGGCAAUCUCGACAUGCAUCUUCUUAUCUCCAAAGCUCAUUAAUGUUCGCAAAGGGAAACCGAGACCAUGAUAUGCUAGAUUCAGGCUCAGGCUCUGAUUCAGACCCAGAGAACCCAAUAGCUCCAAUCCAAGUCGCAGCAGACAAUCAACAAAAGCCAACCAAGGAACAGGAUCGCGAAUCACUCCUCAAAGAUCUAGAGAGAUCUACUUGGGCCACGCUGGAGGAAUUCAAGGCGGCGAAUGGCGAGAAGAUCAAGCGUUGCUACAUGGCCGAUGAGCGUGAUCAGAAUAGGACUAUUCUUCACUGGCUAUCUAUCCAUCUUCUCCCAAACUCCAUCACUAAGGAAAACCUCCAUUGCCUUGUGUAUACUGUGGUGGAAUUGGACCCCAAGAUCGUUACCAGGAUCACUGCAGACACCCAAAAGGCCACUUGCUUGCAUAUUGCAAUUCAGUACAGGCGAUUUGAUCUCAUUGAUUACAUCUUUCAGACGAGCCAUGUCGAUGCAUUGCAAGAAGCCAUAUCACAUGGUGACUAUUGCAACGAAACCUGCCUUCACUUGGCUGUCAGGCUCAAUCCACCAAGCGUCGGAGUAAUCAAACAGAUUCUGGAAAAAGCCGACCGCAAAGCAAUCACCAAGCAACGAUCCUGCAGGUUCCAAGACGACAAGUCAAGUGACGGAAAUACAGCCUUGCAUGACUUUGUUCAUAUAAACCUAUGCUUUGAAACGGGGUAUAUAAAGACACUCAAGCGAUUCAUCCAACGCUGUCCAGAAGCUUUGAAGAUGUCCAAUACCGCGAAAGAAUCUCCGUUUCAGUUUCAUAUAUCCACAAGACAGAAGAGGAACCCAGACUGGAAGGGAUUGGAAUUUUCACCAAUAGAUAAAAAGGCUUCACGAGAAGACAAGACAGUGGCCAAGGUUGGACAGUUACUCCUGAGCGAAGCAUUUUCUGAGCCUACAUGGGAGGGUGCUUGUAGCUGUCUGUAUGGCGAGAAGAAUUUUGAUCUAGCUACAACUUUUCAGCCUGCUGCACCUAUAAACAAGAGGAUCGACAAGUCACACCCUUUUCUUCACUUCUACCCUAUUCUAUCCUAUGUUGAACUUGUCCUAGCACAUCCUGAACCAUCAGACAUUAAGCAUGAUGCAGGCAUACAGCAUUCUAAUGAACAUGAAGAGGAUUUGAUAUCUACCGAGUGGGCUUCGCGCGCUGAUAGCAUACGAAGAGUGUUUGCUUGGUUCAGGAGACAGAAAGUGAGGAGAAUAUUGAAGCUCGUUGUCAUUGACGACCCAUCAUCGCCCUGCAGUGAUGCGAUUAUGGAAGAGUGUCUUCGAGACUUUGAUGUUCGAUAUUUGAACUGGACCAAGGAUGAUAUCUGUGUUGAAGUGCUUCGCAAUUCUGGUCUUUCCAAUGUCAAGGAACUUUGGCUUACAUGGAGCGGGCGGAACUCAGUUUUGUAUAGCUGGUCAUGCAAGGAUAAUGGCUUUCCUACAUUACCUAAGCUUCAGACAGUUCAUAUUCAUACCCGAGCCGGAAUCGAGUCGCCAGAGGCGAAUAAGAAAAACCUGGCCAGCUUUAAUUCUCGACUUCAAGAUAGCAUCGCGAUGAUUCAGAUCGAAGAAUAUCGAGCAGACCUAACGGCCAGGGUUACGAAAGAACUGGAACCAGAAUUGGCCUCUCUAGGAUCAAGAUUGCAGCCUGCCAUGUCCAAAUGGACGGAUGGUCCGGAUUAUGUCCAGCUUGCUAGAGUUGGCGAGGGUGAGGAAUCCCCUAUGAUUCAAGGGACCAUCGCUGGUCUCGAAGCCAGGAUGAUGUUUGAUCUCAAAGAAACAAAAAGCCUUCGAGAGAUCAAGGUAGAUGAUACUUCACAUGAUAGUGUGAGCGAGGGUAAAGCCUCGAAGUAUAAACGACGACAGGCACAAAAGGGACACCGUUGGCUCGAUGCUGCUCGAAGACUCGCUACCGCUGUUAACACUCAUAGACUCAAUAGCCAACUGUCUGUUCAGCCCAUCAAAGUUGCAUUACUCGAUGAUGGAGUAACUCCAGGCGAACUCAGCGUCCCUGGGGUUCUGAAAGGUGGUUGGCCACUUCCUAGCACAAAUGGUCUCUAUAGCUCCAAGCCAUACUAUAACUCCGAAACUGGCCACGGCACAAAGAUGGCACGUCUUAUAUACUUCAUGUGUCCGUUUGUAUCCAUCUACGUUGCCAAGAUCGACAUGCAUCGAGAGCAAGAUGCUAGUGUUGCUGUCUCGGCUGCCAAGGCGAUCGAAUGGGCUAUCAGUAAAGAGGUAGACAUAAUUUCCAUGAGCUGGACUAUCAAGGAGGUCAAAUCCGGCCAAGGUGCAAAUCAAAAGGCCAUCUCGGCACUCGAGCGGGCGAUUCAGCGGGCAGCUAACGAUGACAUCCUCAUGUUUUGCGCCGUUCAGGACUCUGCUCACUAUGGAAACGAAGAACCAUUUCCACAAAAGAGCGAUACUAAGAAGCUCAUGAUCGUAGGGUCGGCUGAUGAAGACGGAGACAGAUCAAAGUUUGUCAACGAGAAUAGUUUCGACUACUUGUUUCCCGGCGAAAUAGGCAUUCCAGGGUUGCUAACAGAGAAGGAUAAGGGCAGUUCAGUAGCUACUGCAGUGGCUGCUGGAAUGGCAGCUAUGGUUUUGUGGUGCGCAGAGUAUCAUAGCCUGGCCAUAAAGUCUGAAGAUGCCAAGGAUCAAGAAUCCUGGAGCAACGUCAAAGCACCUGUUACGACGUUGUCAUCAAGCCUGCUUGUCACAGAAGAGUCAAAGAUGGGCCAAAGAACAGCAGCGGAAUGGGACUUUCGCCGCGACAGGAGGAUGAGCGCUCUGUUUGAUGUGCUCAAGCCAGAUAAAGACAAAUUCGUGGAUAUUACGAGUAUCAUAAACAGAGCCAUGGCCAGCAUCGACGAGUUUCACGAGGCAGACCGUGAGAUUCAGAAGUCGUGUAUAGAGUCGUUCAUCUCGACGUGCAAGGACAGUCUGCCUCUGAAUCUUCGAUAG